AUUCAGGUCAUGCACUCAAUUAUUCUCGAUUCGGAAAUCAAAUUCUGCCACCGUAUCCUCCGUUUUCCCUCGAAAUUUCUCUGUUUUUUUCUUAGAAAUUUCAAAAUCUCAGUGUAUACAAAAUUCCUUUUCAAUCUCUUUGCGUUUUACAUUCUUGUAUGUUCGUAUGUUCUUCAAUUUCGUUCUUCACUGUUAGGGCUUUUGUUUUGCAUUUUGGGGAAUUUAUUUCUGCUGUCGGAAUCGUGAAAUUUUCUCCACAGAAAUGUCGGCUUCGACCGUGUCGAUAACGGCGAAUCCGGCGGCGCGGAGGAGGCCGGUGUUGGUUUCGGAGAAGAAGGGGGCUAGUAUUGAAUUGUUGGCAACGGAUGGCGCGAAUCCUCUAUCGAAUACUGCUACUGCGGGGACUGGUGGUGCGGCCGAUGAUAAGGUCGCCGGUGGAAUUGGUAGGGAUAUGAGCCAUCACUCGAUUAGAGGUGAGGUUGUUCUCGAGCGGUCAUCUAGGGAUCCACUUCAGAUCAAGAAAACUGUUGCGAAUUCCACCAUUUCGCCGCGGCGGAGUAGAAAGGCGAUUACGAAGCCGGAGAAGCCUCGAUGGGCGACUAUUCUUAGCGUCGUUACGAAGAAUAUUGUGCUUUUGAUGGUUCUUCUAGGGUUGGUUCAAAUGAUUAGGAAAUUAGCCCUAAAAUCAGGGGAUGGAGCGGUGGGAAAUCAAAUGGGGUUUUCGGAAGUUGAGGGACGGAUUGCAGAAGUUGAAGCAUUCUUGAAGACUACCACCAAGAUGAUUCAGGUUCAGGUGGAGGUCGUCGAUCGGAAGAUCGAGAACGAAGUUGGGGGAUUGAGAAGGGAAGUUGACCAUAAGAUUGAGGCAAAAACUGCUGAUCUUGAGAGCGGUUUGAAGGUGCUGCAGGAUAAAGGGGAGGAUCUGGAAAGGUCUUUGAGCGAGUUAACGGCCGUGGAUUGGUUGUCGAAGCAAGAAUUCGAUAGGAUUUACGACGAAUUGAAGAAGGCGAAGAGCGGUGAAAUUGAUGAGCGGUUUGCAAAUUUGGAUGAUAUAAGAGCCUAUGCAAGGGAGGUGGUUGAGAUGGAGAUUGAGAAGCAUGCGGCUGAUGGACUUGGUAGGGUGGAUUAUGCUCUUGCUUCUGGUGGGGCUAUGGUUGUAAAGCAUUCCGAGCCGUUUACAGGAAGAACAAGUAACUGGUUUUCGAGAAAUGCAAGGAAUGGAGUUCAUAGAAAUGCGAAUAAGAUGCUGAAACCGAGUUUCGGGGAGCCCGGGCAGUGCUUCCCCUUGAAAGGAAGUAGCGGGUUCGUUCAAAUUAGGCUACGGACGGCGAUCGUUCCAGAAGCUAUUACUCUAGAGCAUGUUGCCAAGAGCGUAGCAUACGAUAGAUCAAGCGCGCCUAAGGCGUGCAGGGUAUCUGGAUGGUUUCAAGGGGACGACGUUGCUGCCUCAGCUGCGAAUGCUGAGAAGAUGUUUCUCUUGGCCGAGUUCACGUACGAUCUCGAAAAGAGCAAUGCACAGACAUUCAACGUGGUGGAGACAACAGGCUCCGGACUCGUUGACAUGAUCCGAUUAGAUUUCUCAUCCAACCAUGGAAGCCCAUCGCACACUUGCAUCUACCGCGUGAGAGUUCACGGUCACGAACCGUAUUCUGUUUCUAUGAUGGCAACGCAGUCGUGAUCGGACACAGCAGCCAUGUAUUGUGUUCCAAGUUUGUAUUAUCCUUGUAACUGUUACAUUCCCUGUUCACUCUUAGAAUCUUUUGGCUAGUAAGCACAGAUGUUGCCUUUUACUCCUUUGUUUUCCUUCGGCAUUGUAAUGUGGGGUUAUGUUUUGUUUUUUUUCAGCCUACGCUUCUCGGAGUCUUACACGUACCGAGCUUUAAAUUCUAAUCUUUCUCUCUCGACUCUCUAAACGAGUCUAUGUAGAUAUCAGGUUGUUGUUUUUGUAAGUCUAACAUGUGGGAGUCGUCGGGAUUCAAACCGAGGAUGAUUGACUUAAUCGAUCGAGUUAUAUCUCGGGCGAAUAUUUUCUUACUUACCGAACUUUAUUUUUGAA